AUGAUUACAAUUGAGAUCAAUAAAGUGAGACAAAACUUAUUUCAAAUCAAUGGCGUCGAGAAGAAGCCACUGGCGCUGCCGGAGGCGGACGGGCCCGCAGUCUCGCGUCAGGAGAAAGUGUACGUCCCGGUGGAGGAACACCCAGAAUACAACUUUGUGGGCAGAAUUCUGGGCCCGAGAGGUAUGACAGCCAAACAGUUAGAACAGGAGACCGGCUGUAAGAUAAUGGUUCGCGGAAGGGGUUCAAUGCGGGACAAGAAAAAG